UGUAGCUCUUCACUAUAAGAUGCUUCGAAUGGUUUGUUAUUCAGUUAUGAAUAAAGAUAGAAAACAAAUUGGUGGACCAGGUAAAAUAGUCGAAAUAGAUGAGACUAUGGUAUAUAAACGUAAAUAUAAUGUUGGACGUUUGUCGUCAGAUCAAUCAGAGCAAGUUUGGGUAUUCGGUGGCAUUGAAAGAGAAUCAAAAACUGGGUUUGCUGAAAUAGUUGAAUCAAGAGAUCAAUUAACACUUUUCAAUGUAAUCGAUAAGUACAUUCGACCUGGGACAACAGUUUAUUCUGAUGGUUGGAAAUGCUAUCAAAACUUAAACAAAUAUGAUUAUAAUCAUGAUUGGGUUAACCAUUCAAAAAAUUUUGUCAACCCAAAGAAUCCAAAUGUUCAUACGCAAAAUAUUGAAAGAAAUGGAGGUCAAAGAACAUUACCAACAUCAUCAAAUGACCUAAUCGAGACCAUUUAA